GAUGGUGUGAUCAGUGCAUCCAAACGACGCCAGCAAUUUGUCAAGGAUUGCCAGAAGAAGCUGGGGCUGGGAAGCGGGAUGGAGUUCUACACUGAGUCCCAUCUGGAGCCACACCAGAAGGCCAUGCUUAACACCCGAGAAGCAGAGAGCCUGAAUAUCCAGUUUGCCUCUUUGGUUGUUACUCAGCUUUGCUUCGACAGUG